AUGGGACUCGGUGGAACAUUUGCGAAUACGAUUCGUAAAGCAUUGAAUAGUGUUGUACCGAAGAAACUUUGGCCAAAAAUCAAGAAACGCUUACGAUUUGCGUUCAAUCAACGAGGCAUUAGAUUACCGGUAAUGUGUGGUGUUGAACUAGAAAGACCAUCAUUAAGCUAUAUCAAUCAUGCUAUCGUUAUCGAUACUGAUUUUAGCUAUGAUUUACCGCGAUUCAUCCGGAAAUUUAAAGCAUACAUUAAUGCGGAAAUUGCAAGAGCAAGGAGGAAAGAAGAGAUGGAAAGUGAGGAAGAUUACUGA